AUGGACUCCCGCUCGUUAUAUGGGAAAAGGGGGCUUCGUACGCGCUUGCCAAUUGAAGACAAAAGUGAUGACAGCUGUCUCAGUGACAGCGAAGACGACGAUGUUGUUCCCUAUCAUCAUACACAUGCUCGAGUGUCUUCAUCUAGCAGUGAGGAUGAAGACGAAGAUGCGGUAGAUGAAACAAGUGCCUCUCGAAAGCGUGCGGUACGAUGGAAAAAAAACGGUUGUCAAGAACAGCGAGAAGUACCACCCUGGGAAAGCGCUCUUCCUGAGGCUGACACUGUUCGAGCUCCUAUCGAAUAUUUCAAGGACUUUUUUGAUGACAACUUCAUGGAUAACAUCGUUGAGCAGAGCAAUGUGUUUGCGACGCAGAAAAAUCCUAACAAAGGACUUGCUAUGUCUCGUGAUGAGCUUGAUCAAUUUCUCGGCACCGUCACAUUCAUGUCGAUCUGUCGACUCCCAAGAAGUCGGCUAUACUGGGCGGCCGAGUCCAGGGUCCCCACGGUGGCCGACACGAUGUCACGUGAUUGCUGGGAGGCAAUCAAAGCAAAUUUGCAUUUCAACAACAAUGAUGACAUGCCGCCACCAAAUGAUCCACACAAGGACCGUCUUUUCAAGGUUUGGCCAGUUAUUGACUUCCUCCUGCCGAAAUUUCAAGGUAUCCCAAAAACACAAGCCCUGUGCGUUGACGAGCCAAUGGUACCGUUCAAGGGACGCUCAAGCCUCAAGCAAUACAUUCCCAGCAAACCCCACAAAUGGGGUUACAAAGUUUUUCUGCUGUGCGACCCACAGGGCAUGGUGCACUCUUUCGAAAUAUACACAGGAAGGAUUGAUGCUGUCCCUGGGGAGCCCGACAUUGGUGCCACUGGCAAUAUAGUCCUCAAGCUUUCGCAAAACAUUCAGCCAGGACUGAACCAUCUUCUUUUCUGCGAUAAUUGGUUUACGCCCCUGAAGCUCUUUAGCUCAUUAUCAAAAAAAGAUGUCCACUGUCUUGGCACAGUCCGUGCUAAUCGACUGCAAGGUUGUCCUCUGCCUUCUGAUGCAAGCCUCAAGAAAAAGGGCCGAGGAUCCUUCGAAGAAUUCGAGACGGUGGUUGAUGCCACAAAACUAAUAGCACUCAAGUGGUACGAUAACCGAGCGGCCACAACGUUGAGCACGUUCGCAGGUGCUGAGACAGUUACGUCUGUUGGCAGGUGGGAACGCUCAAAAAAGAUGACCGUACAUGUUGAAUGCCCAAGUGCGGUCAGCAUCUACAACAAGUUCAUGGGAGGCGUGGACCAGCUGGAUGCACUGAUUGCAUAUUACAGAAUCCAUGUAAGGUCCAAAAAGUUUUACCUCAAGAUUUUUUUCAAUUUUGUGGAUAUGGUCGUCGUUGUCGCCUGGCUGCUUUACAGACGUGACUGUGAUGCAGUAGGCGUCCCUACCAAGCAGCAGAUGAACCUCCUCAAGUUCAAGUUCUACAUCGCUACCUGUUUGCUGAAGGAGAACAAGGACACUGCAAAGAAAAAAGGGGCAGGCCGUCCUCAUCUGUGGAAUCGCAGCUUGAGUGCAAGAAAAAAAGAGGGCCCAUAA